GCCUCGUGCCUUACUGUACAAAAGACACGAGACCUUUUCUCCGGAUCAAUCGAUAGCUGCGAGCCAACCGAGGCAGCACUACGUCUUUGCCUGGCGAAAGGUCUCGACACCCCGGUCCCGCCAAGCACCACGCUCUCCCCAUGUACGGCGUCCGAGGUGCCGUCCCCACGCUGAUCGUUCUGACUUGGGUGUCCUAUGCGUACUGCUACUAUGUACCCUCCCGGUCGGCGCUGCAAUUCAUUCUGGAAAGGGCGCAAGAAGAAGAGGAGGAAGACACGACGGGGUACCUGCUGUCCCUACUGCGGCCUGUACCUACCACACAACCCUCCGUCCUCUUAGACUUGCCUUUUGAACCAGAGACGGAUCUAUCCGAACUUUUUAAGAGACAAGAUGACAUUCUGUCCAGCGGUGAUGCGGACCCAGAGGCGGUUUCAGAAAGGACGCCCGGCAGACGAAGGCCAUAUCGACCCCCCAAACAGAAGGGUCGGAACAGGGGUAAGGGCCGGGCAAGAUCAAGAAACAGGGGUAGGAAUAAGAACCGGAAUCCCAACCGGAACCGGAAUCGCAACCCAAACCGGAAUCGCAACCGGAACAGGAACAACAAGAACGGGAACAAACAAAAAGGAGGCCGGCCUUCUCCCUCUGCGCAUGACCGUAGAAGCAGAUUCGUUUUGGCUUUGGCAUCUCUAGCACAACGAGUUAAAACAGGACGCAGUGAGGCCUGCCAUAGACACUUUCAUCGCAUUUUCUAUGAAACGAGGGAAUGCAAAGAACCAGCUCUCUUUCGCAAGUGCGAAACGCUGCUGUCCAGGCUAGUCGAGAGUCCACAGUGCCAGGGAUCAGGGUAACCGUCAAGCAAUGCCCUCAGCGUCAUACAAAGGCUCCAGGCCCAAAGGCUGUCAGCGUCUCGGGAAAACCUUGCACAACCCUGACUGCAGCUGCCGUGCGGACCUCAGCAGAGGUGAGCGGACAGGAGAAGGAGAAGAACCCAGCCCCCAGCAGACAGGCAGCAGCGCCCGCUGUCUUCCUCCUGUCAUCACCGAUGUGAGAUAGCUUCAACCAGCGGCAGGGGAUAUAGCGGUGGUCGAGUAGGCAAAGAUGGGUACAUGUACCUGCAGUCCCAUUCCAAUAGCUUGUACAAGGUUUUCCCUUUUGAAACAUGGACUUCAGAUACCAAAGAGUCCUCCCAGUGGAGCCGAGAAUUGCUGUUGACAAAACAAAAGAAAAAGCGCCUCGUCGCUCAUGUCCCUCCAGAACAUACAAGUUUGCUCAUUGGUUGCCAUAAUAAUAGUACAGCAACAUUAACAAAGUAACAGGACUUGUGGGACUUAUUAAACGGAUUAAUUUAGCUGUUUUUAUGGUUUCUUGGCUGAACCAUUAUAAGAGAACCCAUAGUAAGGAUUUUACAACUCUUAUAUUCGGUUUUUCAGAUGUGUCACUCAUGUCUACCUACUCCUAAAGCGUUUUCAUUUAAUCUUGACUUUCCCCAGAAGAUUUGACAAAAUUGAUUAUACUACAGCGAAUGGAUGUAACAGUCGUAAAAGCCAAGGAGGAAAAACAGCCGAGGGAUUCAUAUAAACGUGCGGUUACUGUCUACCUACGCCUGAACGUAAAAGUCCUAGUACCUGUCUAGCAAUAUAGCUGUUGUCCAAACUUCCUCUAACCGGAAUAAGAGAUGCUGAGAGAAAAGAAGUUGAGCUCAUCAAACCAAGCGUGGCUAUACUGUGGCCCCGCAAUGCUAUUCUAUAUCAGGACGGACCGGCAACUAAAUCCUUCAUUAGAUGAUAGAAAAUUUGCUGGUCCAGAUUAUUAGUGUUGAGAUUUGAUGGCGCUGGGCGUCGUCUUGUGCUUGUCAUGUAACCUCCCUCUCCGAUAUUACCGUAAAGUUCGAGAUUUGUUGCAAACGUGCAGGAUAUGUCUAGGACCGUAUAUCCUGCGCUUCGGUUAUAACAUGUAGUCACUACAUUUCUAUCGAUACAAACCAUUUACUCAAGAACGUUUUAACCUUGUAUACGGGAAAUACAACAGAGGAAGAUAGUAUAAACAGAGAUAUCGCAACAACAACAGUAGGUGACGCUGCAUAUAGCAUUUCACAGAAACUCAGGAAAAAAAUGCAUGACUAGUCAGACUUUGCCAAUGUACGUAUCGCACAGUCCGUUGUUGUAUGAUAGGCAGAGCUCUAGCGACGAAAUGAUGCCAAACCUGGGUUGAGACUGCACCAAUGCAGCAGUCACCCCCAGCAGAGCUUUGUGUAACCAACCAAACGCCUGUGUAUGUUCUCUGUCGUUAACUUUUGUUGGUAUAUAAGGCCAUGUUGAUUUGAUUAUAUGGAUGACAUCCGCGCGCGC